AUGGGAUCCUUGCAGGCGUAUACUGUACAGACAGUAUUGGGCAGCCGAGCGGCGAAUAGCAGGCAGCAAUCGGUGAGAUUUGGUAGGGAGGCGUCAGUUAGAAGAUCGAGGCCGCAGUUUUCUGGCAGCGCAGGCCAGGGGAUACUCCAGUACAGUCACGGUCCACGGAACUCGCUGAAGUUCGGUGAUCAGUCCCAAGGCGGGUUCCACGUCACGCCAAAUUUACGAAUGACCGGCCUCCCUCCUCCGCCUGGCAUGCCCACUGCCGAUGAGCCAAAAUCACAUCAACCCGUGGACAUCAACCAGCUCAGCUUGGAAAUUGCCAAAACCCGCGAACAGGCCCUGGAGCUCCGAGUGAAGGUGCAAAGCAGCUAUGGAAAAAUCAAACAUUGUAUGAGGCAUUUCGACGAGUCUCGACAGGCUUUCAUGGAAGCACUGCAGCAAAUGGAAAGCACUGGCACCCCACAAUAUGAAGUUCUCAAACAUCUUGACGAAAGAGUCAGAGAGGACUGUGAAGCUUUAAAGACCUCUAUGACUGAGCUGCAGGAGGUGCACUACAACCUGAGCGGUCUGGAUUUCAAAUUGUUCAGCGACGAGCAAAAAGUGUAUGGCAAACAGAGCUACAUGGAUCGAUUGCUUGGCUCGGGCCAGGUCGCGCCGUCGACAAUCGAAAGUAUAACCGUAGCUCCGCAGCCCUUUCAAGAUUCCGACGGGCUCCACCCGCUAUUGGAAGAGUACUUCGACGUGCUCGGUGACAGCAAGCUUUUCAGGGAGCGAUUGGACUAUGAGUUGCCUCAAGAGCAAUCUGACAGGCGGCGAGAGCGUGAGCGACAUAUUGACCAAGGUGUAUCCGUGCCAUCAAGCGAAAGCGAGUUUGAACUCGAACUCAUCAAGGAGUAUCAAGCUUUGGAGAGAGAGCUGGCACAAACAAACACUCGGGCGGCAGAGCUUCUGAGGCUCUGUCUUCAAGCUGGUCUUGACCCGGACCCAUCAAAAUAUGCGCGUCAAAGUGACAACGGAUCUCUCGUAAGCAAGGUCGAAAGCAAAGUAGCCCGCUGGCUCGGACGCAUGAGCGAUACAGACAACCCUUCUGAUCAACCCUUCCCGGAUGAUGGACAUUCUUGGUCUGAUCACGACACUACAACUGUGGCCGGCUCGACUGUACCUUCCAUCGAUAAAUCAACAGCAGAACGUGGACAACUAACGACGAUCUCCACAAUUCACGCAACAACGGAAGAAGGACUAGAUUUAGAGAUCCAAGGACUCUCAUCUAGACAGCGGGCCUUGAAAUUCUUGUUCAGUUCCGCGGCUGCUCGAAAAUCUGAUCUGGCUGCUCAAUCACAUAUAACACUUCCCUCAUUCUUCUCGUCGAUGCGGGGAUCGCCAGGCGCACAGGAGCUCGCAUGCAGCAACCAAAAACUGGCUAAAUAA